AUGCAAAAUAAACAAGAACAUCAAAUGUAUUAAAAAAAUAUUAUAAAAAAGAACCAUAAAGCUGAAAUUGAAAGAACAUUAAAGAUUGUUGAAGAAUACUGCAAGCUUCUUGCUGAAAAAAAUCAAAUUGUUCUUCAAUAAGAAGGUAUUAUUGCUAAAACAAAUCAAAUUAUUGUUCAAAAAGACAAGUAUUUUGAAGAGAUUAUUGCUGAAAAAAAUAAAAUUAUUGAUCAAAAAGACAAGCUUUGUGAUCAAAAAGACAAGCUUUGUGAUCAAAAAGAUGAAAUGAUUGCUUUUUACAAAAAGGAAGUUGCUGAUAAUAAAUGGAAAUUUGAACAGAUUACUGCUGAAAAAAACAAGAUGUAAGAAGAACUCCAAUAACUGCUUAAUUUGAUUGCUUAGUAAAAUUCCUAAAGCCAAUCUUAUGGUGCUUAAAAUGAUUAGGGCAACUUAAUUGCUAAUUUUUCUGAAAAUUAAGCAUCAUUAUCUUAAAAAUGA